UGGCCAACUUUAGGCUGGUGGCAGAUGUGGCUAUUCCGGGGAGAUUCUCCUCUUCUUUGGGUGAUUAAUCUCCCCAAAAUGCCUUUCCGCCGGCAAGAAUGUGGAUCGCCGGUCCUCGGAUCACUUUAUUUUCUGGAUGGCUUUCGUUCCACCCUUAGAAGCCCCUGAUAAUAAGCAGCUCAAAGGCUGUUUGUUUGUUUAUAGGAAGAUAGGGAGCCCUGUUUAUAAAGUAAGGAAGAGGUGAGUUCAGGGAACAUAGCCCGACUUUCAAAUUAUUGCUUUCUAAUGGCAUAAAAUAUUUUACAUAAAAAAAUAGGCAGAAUGUCAUUUCAACAAGUUGUAUUUGAUGUGCUCAUUUUUUAUGUGUAUACUGUCCAUUUAUUUGUAUCAACAUGUCUUCUGUAGAGGCUGAGUAUUUUUGUGAUUUUUUUAAUUUUUUUUCUGUUUUUUUUCCCCAUUGAUGUUAAUAAUAUUUAAGCAUUUCCUGUUGUAUACUUGGCACAGCAGAGUUUGGCAUUUUUACCAGAAAUCUAGGUAUCUGUUAAACAUACAGUAGUUUUUUUCAGUGAGAAGCUGCUCUGCAUAUGGAACACUGUGGCCCCUGUAAGUUAAUUAUACUUUAUUAUACAGAGAAAGCCACUUCCUCCCAGUGCAGCUCUCCAAGCCCCUCUGCCAUGUGGUAUUAGUUAUGUUGCUGAUUUCAUCAUGAAAGCACAAUUUCCCAGAAAGUUAAGGCAGCCAUACACAAGGUUGCAUAUGUGUCACUUGCCCGGCCCACUGGUUGAGCAGUCAGUCCAUCAAAUAACUGGUUUCCAUAGGCCUGGAGUAUGAUUCAGCCUUUAGCAAUUUGGCGAUCCUGGUCAACGAGUGAAUUGGCCCAGCGCAUGGGUGGUGAAAUCAGGAUAUGCUUAAGAUUUUUAUUGUAUGUAUGGACAGCUUUACUGUCUGACUAAACACAUUGCUAUACAAUUAUUUCCCACUGAUGAGUUGGUAAUCAUUGGGGAAUCACUUAUGCACAAGAUUCACUUGUUUUGCGAGACCAAAGGAAUGGAACUUUGCUAAUUUUGACCAUUUACAUGCAGGGCCAAUAAGGCCACUCAGGCCAACCGUCUGGACAUUACAGAGGCCUUAGUGGUCCUCACACAAUGUGAUUUUCAAACCUGUCCUAUUUUCGCCUGAUAUCUGUCAGGGAGGCAAUCUGAAAGGGCCCAUACACAGGCAGAGAAGCUCACAACUUGGUCUGAAGGAGCCAAAUCGACAUCCUAAAUAUGAGUGUAUACUUUUAUCGUGUAUGUCACAUAUCAAACUAAGGAUAUUUAAGAGGAGAAUUCUCUCUGCGUGACCAUUUGCAGUUGAAAGUGUCGUGUUUAAACACCAAGAGAUGAGUGGAUCACAUACUGCUAUAGCCCCUUUAGCACCUUGUAUGGAGGGUCUUCCACCAUUGCCAAAAAGCCUUAGUGGACUCCUUAAUUCUAGUGGAGGAUCUGGCUGGCGGGACCUGGAAAGAGUCUAUGCUCAGAAGUCCCGCAUCCAGGAUGACUUAAGCCGAGGUGGCACAAGUGGUAGUGUCCAAUCCCUUCCUAAACCUCCAAAUCUGGAUGCAGCUCUAGCUCUCCUCAGGAAAGAGAUGGUUGGACUUCGGCAACUGGAUAUGUCUCUCCUAUGUCAGUUGUAUUCCCUGUAUGAAUCAAUCCAGGAAUACAAAGGUGCUUGUCAGGCUGCAUCCAGUGCCGACUGUACCUAUGCAAUGGAGAAUGGGUUUUUUGAUGAGGAAGAGGAGUAUUUUCAAGAAACUGGAUCCCUUCACAAGAUUGGGAGGGAAAACUCUGAAGGGAUUGUGUCGUCCAUAUCCAACGAGGACUGGAUGCUAGAAAAUAUUUAACUUUUCAAGUGCACUGAUGGAUGGAGCCAAGAAAUGUUGUUGUCGCGUUGAAACCGUUUACUUGCCUUGCUUUCCAGGCAGCUUUAUAGGAACGGGACAUCUGCAGGCUUGUUUUUGGAGAGGCCACUGGACCUGUUAGCAUUGCUACAACCUACUUAGAAGAAACUUUCUAAUCAAGUGCCUUUUAACAUCCAAGAAAGCACUUACUUGUUUUAAUUGUGGGAAAAUUAAUUUGAGAACUCCUCAUUUCAUGUUUCUAAAAAUGUCUAUCAUUGUUGUGUUAAGGAUCAAAUUUGUCUGAUCUUCCUUUCUCCAGAACUUUUAUAAGUUGCAGCCAUAAAGCACCUCUCAGAGCUUACAAGGUUACAUUACAGGUAGUUUAACUACAUUUCCUAUGCAUAAAAUCUACUUAUGUGCAAAGAAAAAGAGGAAAGACGAUUGGCUCAUUCUAUUGCUACUAAAAGUGGCCAUAGACGUAACAAUUACGAUCUUUCUUGGAAAAGAUCUUUACAAGAAAGAUCGUUUGUUUCAAUACACACAAGUAGAGCUGAAUCAUCAGAUAUACAGGUAGAAACAAUAGAAUUCUAACAUCAGCACUAACAAUGGCUGAUGUUUGGGUGCCUUCAAAGGCAAAGGCCUCCAAGUCUUUUGUCAAUAUCAGUCGGCUCUUCUCCCACCAUAAAUUGAAGGCACCCAAUCAAAAAUUUCCAUCCAGCCUGAUCAACAAGCUAACGGAUAUACAAAUCUUCUGCUGAUAUCGGUUGGCUCUUUUCCCACCAUACACGCACCGAAUAUCGUAUGAAGAUUUGUUUCGUAUGAUAUUUAUGGCCACUUUUAGGGGAAUAUUUAUCAAAUGGUGAAACAGAGCUCGAACAGGGGCCGACUGUGUGAUAAAUUUGCUGCUUUGUCUCCUCCUUCCUGACUUUUUUUCAAUACACACUUUACGUGCAGCUUUACAUUAUGGUACAAAUGUUUAAUAUGUAUAAGCGUUCUGUCAUAUUUACAGGUAUUUCAAUAUGAUUUUUCCAUGUAUGAUAAUGUGGUUUCUGUAGUUCUGUUACAGUAUAUACUGUUUAUAUCCCCCUUUUUAACAUGAGUUCAGUGAAUAGGGCUUGUGCUGAAUGUACUUUUUGCCUGUCAACACUAGGAAAUAUUUUUUUAUAUAUAUAUUUCUUGAUCUGAUUACUGAGGAGUCUCUGUAUAAGGAAUCCCCAACAUUAUUUUUAUCUGUGAGCAACAACCAAAAAAAAACAAAACUGCUCACCAACCCCUUUGUUGUUGCUCCCAGUGGCCUCAAAGCAGGAGCUUAUAUUUGAAUUCCAGGCUUGGAGGCAAGUUUUGGUUGAAUAAUAAGUAGGUGCGCUGCUCCUGUAGGCUGCCAGUCCAAAUAGGGGCUACCAAAUAGGCAGUGACAGCCCAUAUCAGGCCACCCAGGAUUUUUUUCAUGUUUGUGUUGCUCCCCCAACUCUUUAUUUUUUAUUUUAUUUUUUACGAAUGAUUGUGGCUCAUGGGUAAAAAAGGUUGGGGAUCCCUGAUCUAACUGUAGCCCUACAUGAACUGCUAGCUUGCAGAAAGAUCUGUUUGAAGUAACACCUGUGUCUGUAUGCCUCUAAAACUUACCUUCAAGCCAGGAAUUUAAAAUGAGCACUUACUUUGAAGCCACUGUAAGCAACAUCAAUGGGGAUGGAUGAGCAACAUGUUGUUCACAAGCCACUGGUUGGGCAUCAUUGCGCUAUAUAAUAAGCUGCUCCUUCUCACAAAGCCUAACAAAAGCUCCAGCUGGGGGAAGGGAUGGCUUUGAUUAUACAGAGGACUGCUUAUUUGCUUUGAUUGUGCUCCUAUUAACCAAAAGAAAAAUGCGACUUUACUUUUAUUUUCAGAUUUUGCUCAGUUUACAUGCAAACCCUAUUCACGGAGUACAUGUUGAAAAAAGGGGGUAUACUGCCCUUUAAACACCUACAAAUAUACAUUUUGUAUGGUAGACAAGAGGAUGUUUUCAUUAUCCUGCUUAUUUGAAAGAGUAUGAAGUAAUAGCUGAUUUUACAGAUUCAGACAUACUGUACUUGAUCAUGUCACAUGUAAUUGCCUAUAGGAAGCAGGUAAUGGUCUUGGCCAAUCUUUAAAAAAAAAAAGAACAGGGUAAUGAUAUCAGCACAAACCUGCUGAAAAUUACCCCAAUUACCUGCAACAUUCUGUUUGCUAAGGGGAGUAUUCUAUCCCACCAUCUUGUUUGUGACAGCUCUUUCCUACAUAGAAAUACUCUCUAAUGCUAUCUACCACUGCAAGGCGCAGGCCAGUGUUUGAUGCAUUCGGUCUACAGAGCUUGAAUAUUACAGAAAUUAUUGAUAUGCCCUUAAAUUACAAUGGCCUAAAAUAUUGUACAUACCAAUCAUCAGCGCCCAUUUGCUAUUUCACGUGGUUCAUAUCUGGGACCCUUUAGUAACAUGGUAAAAUGUAAUUAGCCCCCCAGAGGACUAGCUCCUGCCUUAUACAAAGUAAACUGUAACACCAAAACAAAUAGGACAUACAGUAUAUAUUUGUACCAAUACCCUGCUAAUGUAGACAUUGGGAACUUGCUUUGAAAACUCUAAUACCAUUUAGGGUAAGGACACACGGGUAGAUUCGCCCCGGCGACAAAUCGCCUCUUCGGGGUGACAAUCUCCCCGAACUGCCUUCCCGCUGGCUAUAACAAAAAAUCGUCAGCAGGAUGGCACUCGCCGCACUUCAUUUUACGAAGUCGCCUCGCGAGGAAGUAGCGACUUCAGAAAAUGAAGCGAUGCGAGUGCCAUUCUGCUGGUGAUUUUUCGUUCUAGCUGGUGGGUAUGUAGGGGAAGGCAGUUCGGGGAAUGUGCCGUGUGUCCUUACCCUAAGGGCCCACACUGCUUCUUCGUUUUCCUGAGGAAACAUCAGGCAACUUCAGAAAGCUAAAGUGUUCCAACUGCCAUCUCGCCGCCAAUUUACAUUUUAGCCGGCGGGCAGGCAGUUCGGGUAGAUUAGUUGCCCAAAGAAGAAGCGUUUUGUCGCUGGGCGAAUAAUCUUCCGAAAUAGCAGCAUGUGCCCUGGCCCCUAUACAUAUUUGUAGCAGCUGAACGCAGCUAUCUCUGGGUUGCUUUGUCCCAAAAAGUUGCACAACAAGAAACAUUCUAAGCAACUUUUUAACUAGUCUUUAAAAAAAAAAACUUGAAUUGUCUUGCAAUACUACUGUCUGCAUCCUAUUAAAAGUUGCAGGGGUAGUUCACCCUAAAAUAACAUUUAUUUGACUUGCAAAUGCAUUCAGUAUGAAGCCUGGAAAGACACUAGAGCAUAUCAUGCUAAUGGUUCAGGGCUGUUGUUCAAUUACAUCCUAAUCCUUAUACUAGACCAUAUUCUGGCCUAGAAAUUGUCCGAUUACAUCUUAUUUUACAUAAAUUACAAGAGAUCUCUUUUUGAGAUAGGGAAAGGAACUGUUGAAUAUUAGCAGCCAGUUUUGCCCCUUAGUUUAUACUGAAAUGUUUGUCCUCCAUCCUGCAUCGAUAGAGGCAUCUAGUAGAACUAUUUGGAAGGAUUAUAGCUCCUUGCUGAGCUGUGUGGAUCGAUUUUAAUACUCUGACCACAAAAUAUUAGCCAUAUCUGAGUGUAUAUGUGUACCGUAGUUUAUUUUGUGUAACCUUGCUUAUAUUUUGAAAUAUGUUUAACAUCUGCCAGUAUUUUAUUUUAUAACGGUUUGACACUUUACAGGAAAUCCAUAUGCUGUUUACUUUUUUGUUUUUUUAAUGAACUUUUCUUUGAACAUUUUCCUGUGCUAGCACAGAGCACUCCAACUCCACAAACAUCAUUCAGUUUUUACCUAGAAUUGUAAGUUGCACUUGUGCAUUAUCUGCUGGUUGGAAUCUGCAUUGCCAGGCAGAAUUUUAAAGGGGAAAUUAACAUACUCCCAAGCUGUAUAGAAGACCUAAUUAAUUUCACAAACAGUUUUCAUGACCUUUUUGGUUAUAGUUCAAGAUUAUUUCUUCUUCAAUAUUUGUUCCUGCUGCAAUCAACUCAACCAUGCUGUGCAUAUCACCGCAAAUUGCUGGAAUUUCACAGCAUCAAUGUGUUGUUAGUAGUCCGAGAAAUAUCUUAGGCCAAGGACAGAUGGAGCAAUGGUUCGACUGCUCUCAGCCUGUGUUUCUUUUUCAGGCUAAGAGAAGUGGAUCCACUCUGUGCCCCAUCACCAUUGAUUUUAACAAGAUCCACUUGUGUUCAGUCACAUGCAGUGGAGUUUGGCCUAACAAAAGCAAACCAGCCUCCUCUUGGCUGCGUGUGACUGGACGGAGGUGGAUCUUAUUGAAAACAAUGAAGAUGGAGAAGAUGCGCUUCUCUCUCAGCCUGAAAAAAAAUACGCAGGCCAAGAGCAGCGUAGCUACAUUUGGCCUUCGAGAUUUAAUAAUUUGUGAAACAUCCAAUAGAGUUUAGUAGAUCUUUUUAUAAUAGCAAAGAUUCUCAUUGAAUACAUAUAAUCAAAGUCAAACUUUUUAUUUUGUUCAUUAUGUUUAUAUUUAUUAAGAAGCCAUCAUACAUUGUCACCAAUAAAAUAGAGAAAUAGAAAGUAAAA